UUCCUUUUGCAUCCAACUGCCCACACUCACUUGACACAUGCUACGCGCACACAUUGACGUCGCCAUCCACACUCUGGUAGCUUUAUUCGCGCCCAACUAGCCUUGCGCCCUUCACUCCCUAUGGAACCAUCGACACCACGAGCCAACCUACCGCGAGCCGGACUACGAUACCACUACCGCACCCAAAACGCCCUGCCCAAGAACAGACGAGACCCGGAAUUGAAACAGAAAGAGGAGGACGCACCUCUGCUGGUUCGGGAAGAGAGGAGACGCUCUGUCAUGGGAAAAGAUCAUCGCCAAUUCCACCGUCGCGUGGCCCAAGCUUCUCCUUCGGGAGUCUUGACCGUCGGCGUAGAGGUUGUUAUGACCGUUGAUGGUGCUGGAAGUACCCUUACCCACGAGACUGUCACGCAAUCGGCUCCAACCGUGGUUGCUGCGUUGGCAGCAGUAUCAUCAGAGGUAGAAGCCGUCUCCUCAGUACUGGAAGCCUCGUUAUCAGCAGCUCUGCCUUCAGCAUCAGCAGACAUUUCCUCGGUAUUAGCAGCAACCCCCUCAGCAUCGGUUGCUGUCCCCUCACCAUCAAUAGCUGUUCCCUCAACAGCUGACCCCACAAUGUCAGCAGCUAUCUCUUCACUACUAGCAGCUGUCCCUUCCGUAUCAGUAUCCAUCUCCUCGAUAUCGGCAACCGUCCCCUCGGUAUCAGCAACCGUUCCCUCAGCAUCAGUAGCUAUCCCCUCGGUAUCAGUAGCUGUCCCCUCGGUAUCGUUGGCUACCCCCGCGGUACUAGCAGCCGUCCCCACGGUUCCAGCGUAUCCAUCAUAUGUUCUUCCAUCUGUCCCUUCAGUCCCAGCGUAUCCCAGCGAUCUCACAGUUCCCGCAUACCCACAAUCAUCAUCUGCUGCCGUCCAAGAAGCCGAUGUCAGCACAAAACCCGUCACAUCAUCAUCUUCGUCAACUGGAAAAAACACGACGCCUUCCCCUGUCGCAACGUCCAUACUUGAGUCGAGCUCGGUAACAUCUAACUCCACAUCCUCUUCAUCCACACUACUUAACAGCAUUUCCAUUUCAUCGUCAUUAUCACAAUCAGUAUAUACAAACUCACUAGGCUCCUUGAUCCAGUUGUCAUCCUAUCUGUCAGAAUCAACGCCAACACCGUCCAUAUCGGACGCGACUGCAAUUACUUCCCAAACGACUGCGAUUACCUCCCAAGCGACAGCAACAUCAUAUUUCGGGGGAGGAGGGGGAGGAGAGGGAGGAGAUGCCCCGUCCAAUACGGCUGGUCUUCCCGCAGGCGCUACAACUGCUUCACCGACGGGUACAACAGCACCAGCUUCUGCCGACGAUGACGACACCAGUGCUCCUCUUGAAACGCCGCAAGUAGUAGGCAGCGUCGUGGGUAGUCUGGCAGGUGCCGCGCUUAUUUUUGCUGUACUCUUGCUCCUAUUCAAGCGUCACAAGCGCAAUCAGCGCGGUCGUGGGCUCGUACUUACGGGUGACAACCAUACCGACAACGGCCAAUCCAUGAGACAGGCGCCACCAACAAGCAGCAGUGUAGUACCCGCCGCUUUCUUGAACCGCUUCUCGGGAAUGUCCAGGUCCACCGUUGAUACCCAUACUACUGGUGAGCGCAGCUUCCAAAGAGUGUCAGGGCGCAAGCUGCCAUCUGCGUUUAGCGAGGGUAUGACAUCAGGACAAUUUAUGCGCGAGGGAGGCUCACUGUCAGGCACAUCCUUCUAUCAGGACGACCAUGGUACCUACGGUGGCUCAGAAUUUUUGAAAGAGUUUGGCCCAGGGCCCUCGAAAGAAUUUGCGCCAGAUUUCUCGAAUAGCUUCGGCAAGGAAACCGGUGGCACAGGCAUGGCCGGUGGCAUCAGUACGAUGAACAUUCGACCUGGUCCAGCCCGGACACCAAUCAUCCGCCAUCCACAUGACGAAGAUCCAUUCGACACCAACCACGGGUCCACUCUCAGUCCACCUCUCUCACCUAAUACCGAUUUCCCGACACGAAACACCCUCGGAAGAAGUUUGGCCUCCGCCGACGGAUCUCGAAGUUCUCGGUUCACGGAAAAUGUCUGAUGAACUGCUAUUUCCCUUUUUUUUCGCCUUCUUACUGUCGCUUCCGACUUCCUACAUCUACUUGACGAUGCACACACACACAUGUGCACAAAGUCUUGUCUCUCUCUCUCUUGCACUUCAAGCCAAGUCAAAUGCUUCUU